GAUACAGGUUUCGCCGGAAAAGCUUUACUGGCGGGCGCUGCCGGUGCAGCCGGUGGAUUCGUGGGAACUCCCGCCGACAUGGUCAAUGUUCGGAUGCAAAAUGACAUCAAACUACCUCCGGAGCAGCGAAGAAAUUACAAAAAUGCAAUCGAUGGCCUCUUCCGGGUGUACCGUGAAGAAGGAUUCAGGCGACUGUUCUCAGGGGCCACAACAGCUACCACUCGUGCCGUGUUCAUGACAAUUGGACAACUUUCGUUUUACGAUCUGGUCAAAGACCUUCUUCUAAACUCAGGAUACUUUGGUGACAACUUGACGACGCACUUCCUGUCCUCGCUGUCAGCAGGAGCGAUCGCCACCACCUUAACGCAACCCCUGGACGUGCUGAAAACCCGCGCUAUGAACGCUAAACCGGGAGAGUUUGCCAGCCAGUGGGACAUUGUACGCUACACGGCACGUUUAGGUCCCAUGGGCUUCUUCAAGGGUUACGUUCCAGCCUUCGUACGGUUGGGUCCGCACACCAUUCUCACGUUUGUGUUCCUCGAGCAACUGCGCAUGAACUUUGGCUACCUGAAACCGGAAAAGAAGUAAAACAUCAACCGAUGUUGUUAAAGAUGGACAGGUUUAAAGUGGCCUAGAUAAUGUUCUAUUUUUGAUUGAAAUUUACAGUGCUCUAUUCAUUGUGUAACUAAAUGAGAAUGUUUUUUUUAACUAACUGCAUUUGGGAAAAUUACGGGUUUGUUUCAGGUGUCACUCAGAUGUAUGGAAAAAGUCUAUUUACCUUUCAGUCCUGUUAUCAAUGUUAAAGUUGCAAACUAGCUCUGCCAUCCUCAAACCAAAUUUGUUAGAACCUUAGAAUCCCAAAUGAUAUCUAAUAUCAAACACCAACAUUCCACUGGUCUUUAUUACUCAAGCGUUUUUUUUCUCUAUACUUCUAUGUUAUUGUUUUAUAUCUACUUUUACUCAUUUGUUUUCGUUUUACUUUUUAUCUAUGAAAAAAAAAAUGUGCAAAGCAACGAGUCUAAGCUAAACUGUAGGAAACAAACAAUAAAGGAAAAUAUUUAUGUGCAA